CAUCAUGACAAAAUGUCUCCAGCAGAAACUGCCCGUUCUGCUGCAAGAAAAGUACGACCCAGAUAAUUCGGGCUUCAUCAGCACAGAGCGGUUCAGGGACUUGCUGGCCACCCACGGGUCUGAACUCGACCCCCACAAACUGGAAGUCCUGCUGGCGCUCGCUGACGGCAACGCUGAUGGAAAGAUCUGCUACCAGGACUUUGUCAACCUGAUGAGCAACAAGCGCUCCAACAGUUUCAGGAGGGCCAUUCUGCAGGGGAGCAGGCAGCCAAAAGGCUGCAGUCUCAGAGAUGAGGUCGGCUUGGGGCUGCCCCAGCGGUUAGUUCGUCACGUUGCCUACGAAACUUUGCCCCGUGAGGUCGACCGCAAGUGGUACUUUGACAGCUACACCUACUGCCCCCCUCCCUGGCUCAUCUUGGCCAUCACUAUUGCUGAGGUAGCAGUGUUCAUGUAUUAUGGAAUCCAGCUGGAUCGCUUAGUCCUGCAGGUGUCCAGCCCAUCCUUCCUAAAGAGCCCCCUACCAUACCACCCCCAGCUCCGAGCCCAGGCCUGGAGGUACUUCAGCUACGUGUUCAUGCACACUGGAAUUGAACAUUUGAGCCUGAACAUGGCCAUGCAGCUGCUGGUGGGCGUCCCUCUUGAGAUGGUCCACGGCGCCCUGAGGAUUGGACUGGUCUACGUGUGUGGUGCUCUGGCAGGGUCUCUGGCAGUGUCAGUCACUGAUAUGACAGCUCCAGUGGUUGGAUCAUCUGGAGGAGUGUAUGCUCUGGUUUCAGCACAUUUGGCUAACGUGGUCAUGAACUGGUCGGGAAUGAAGUGUCAGUUUAAGUUAUUCCGAAUGGCCAUGGCACUGGUUUGCAUGAGUGUAGAGUUUGGUCGUGCUGUGUGGCUGCGGUUCUACCCUCCAGCCUUCCCUCCAUGCCCCAACCCCAGCUUUGUGGCUCACCUGGGGGGCGUGGCAGUCGGCCUGACCCUGGGCGUGGUGGUCCUGCAGAACUAUGAACAGAAACUCCAGGAGCAGUCCCUGUUUUGGAUAUUUUUCUGUGUCUACACCCUGUUUGUGCUCUGUGCUGUAUUCUGGAAUAUUUUUGCCUACAGCCUGCUCGAAGUGCGAAUACCCCCGGCGCCAUGAGUGGCUCUUAAGAGGCAGACAAAACACUGUAUUGUUCAUUGUUGGACUUGGCUGGAUGUGCCACCUCCAC